AUGCUGAAUCUUGGAGCAGAUGUCAACGACGACGAUUAUCAGGGUCGUACUCCUCUACACAUAGCCGCACAAUUUAAUCGACUUAACUAUGUAAAAGAAUUGAUAUUUCGAGGAGCUGAUAUCAAGGCACGCACAAAACUGGGCGCAAACGUCUUACACUUUAUAUUAUUUCGUGGUACACCAAAAGCUCCCGAAGAUUUGGAAAAUUUGGUCAAAUUCAUUCUAGAUGAAGAAAAAAAAUCUAGUCAAGGGAAACACGAGCUAGUGAAACAGUGCACAGUGGAUCGACGGCCACCACUUGCGUUCGCUCUUUGCCAUUCAGCAGUAACCCAAGAGCUUGUGAAUAUGCUCAGUUCUGUUGAGGAUGACCAACUACCUAUUGUUCUCGAUAUGGUAGCACGGAUGGUUGUUUUAAAAGAACCACCAGAGAAUGUAAGCCUUAUAGGAUGCUUGAAUUGGUUUAAAGAUAGACUUGAAAAGUAUCAAGAAAAAGUACUGCCGUCAGUAUUUCAAAUUAUCUGUCAACAUGACAAUCUGGAUUUACUCAAAUUUUUCUUAGAAGACUCCAAGAACGUAUCUACCAAUGGUAUAGGAAUUAAAAAUUUGUCAAAAUACAUUGGUCAACCUGACUUCGCUGGGUACACUCCGUUGCUUACUGCAGUAUUUUAUAAAGCACAAAAAUGUUUGGAUUGGUUGAUCAAACUAGAGAGUCCCAAUAUCAAUUUACUAGCUGAAAACAACGACGGUGAAAAUAUUCUGCAUAUCUGUGCUAAACUAUGUGUUUCAGUCAAAUUAUUUAAUACUAUCUGGGAUAGAUUGGGAAAUCCAGACAAAAUCGAUUUAUUAUAUAGGAUUGAUGUCGAAAAUAACACACCCUUACUUGUGGCAACCCGUACUAAAAAUGAAAAUGUCUUCAAGAAAUUAUGGCUUCAUAUGCAAGAGAAUUCAAUGCAGCCAGGUGAAAAUUCUGUUUUUCUAACUAAUCGAACGGUGUUUCAUGAGAUAUGCAAAGAUGGGCAUACAGAAUUGUUGAAAUACAUCUUUCCGCCGUCUCCGAACACGCAACAAGUAUCGAAUUCAAAAAAUAUACCACCGGAAUUGUUAAACCAAGAUUCAAAAGGAUUUACUUGUCUGCAUUGGGCUGCCGCUAAGGGCCACACGGAGAUCGUCAAGCAUCUGAUUGAGAAAAUGCACAUGGAAGUCGAUACGCUUAGUGAUCGUCGGCGUACACCUUUACAUGUAGCUUGUGAGAAUGGACAUAGUGAAAUAGUUAAGUUUCUUCUAGACGAGCACGCAUCUACCACAAUGAGAGAUGCUCGAUCUUACAAUUGUUUGGAUAUUGCUAUUAUGGAACAGCAUGAAGAGCUUGUGAAAAAUCUUCUGAAUCAGAGUUCAUGGCGAGAUAUGAUGCGAAAUGCUCAACCUAUCGAUAAAACUGAAGCUUUUGAUACGCCCAUGCGAAAACUAAUUCGAUAUAUGCCUGAUGUGGCUGUUUGGGCCAUUGAAAAUAAAUUUACUAAUACUAUUGGUGGGCCAGGGCAAAAAGUGCACAUAACCAGCUAUAACUACGAAUUUUAUGAUGAUAUGUACGAAGUUCGUGAUUGGUACACUAAGGGUGGUAAAUUAGAAGAAUCAAACACAUGUGAAAUGCUUUGUAUAAAACGUGGUGUUGGAGCCAUUUUUGGUUGCUGGUGUUGUUGCCAAGUAGAGAAUCGUGAAUCAUGUUGUGGACGCGGCACGCUGCGCUCAAAUGUAAAAAACCUAUACACCACUGAUGCUUAUACGCUUGUUCGCAAUCAUCCUUUGUUUAUUACAAGCCUACAGACAAAGUCUUAUUCUCUAACUCAACAUCCGUAUAAUAUUUUUUUGCGUAGAGAAAAACUUCGAUCGUUCGGUGGCAAAUUAUUCUUUCUUUCUUUUUUUAUCUAUAUGACUUAUCUAGGAUUAUUGACUGCAUUAAUACUGAAGGGAAAACAUCCACAAUAUUUCUACGAUCGAGCUAAUAUGAAUUUGACAAUUGAUUUAGCUACAUGUGAAAAUGUGAGUAAAUUCUUUUUGAAUAAUUUCAAUCGAACAGAUGAAGCGUUUAAAACGGAUGAUUAUAAAAGAAUCAGUAUAGCACUAUAUAUAGUCAUGGCAUCUUUUAUUGUGAAAAAUGUUAUCGUUAUUGCAGCAUUAUUUCCAAAAGUAUUCCGUACUGGUUCUUCUUAUGUUGAGAUAUUGGGGCUUAUUCUUACCUAUGUUUAUGUUCUCGAUUGGUAUCCUUGGCAAAAAGAUAUUCUUUUUCGGUGUCCAGUUCAAUAUCAGCUAGGUGCAAUGGGUACUCUUAUUACUUAUAUAAAUUUACUCGUCUACAUUCGAACAGCUCCGGUAUUGGGUUUGGGGAUUUAUAUAAUCAUGUUUCAAGUAAUUACAAUUAAAUUUCUUCGUUUCCUUCCCAUAUUGAUUAUCAUCAUUUGUGGUUUUGGUUUCACAUAUUGGAUGUUAUUACAAAAUCAAACUGUUUAUGGAACACCCAUUGAAGCCAUAUUACGCACUAGUUUGAUGCUCUUCGAUUUGGGAUACGAAAGCCGUUUAUACAGCCCAGACCAAGGUGGUGUUGGAUAUUAUAAAUUAGUAUACGUCAUAUUCAUGCUGACAGCGAUCGUAUUCUCUAUAUUUGUUAUCAACUUGCUAAUCGGUCUGGCGGUUGGUGAAAUUCCUUCUUUGAAGACACAAGGAACAUCAUCACGCACACUAUUACUAUACAAUCUACUUUCAGAUUAUGAAAUAAUGAGAAUUCAAUUUCAUCUUUUCAUCAAUGCCUUUUUUUCUUGUGGGUGUUGUAAAAAUGGAAUCUCAUGGUUUCUUCCUCAUCCAUAUACCAUUUUACAAAACGAUGAAAAUAUGGGCCCCAUGGGUUACAUUGGCUCAUCCACAUCAUCAUCACCACAAGUUCAAGUAGAAGAUUUUGCUAGUGAAAUUGAUGUUGUUAAUAAAAAUAUGUGGUUCAUCUAUUACUGUGAACUUGAAUUAUUAUUUUCGGUUUCAUCUCCAUCAUUAACACGCGUUUCAACUGAAAAUACUGCUGAUGUAGAUGAAAAUAAAGAAAACUGGCUAUUUUGA